UUUUGUAAUUUGUUUUGCAGAUAUGAGAGGUUCAGGUUCUUCUUCUGCCGGCCGAGGCCGGGGUAGGGACACUGGUCAGGGACGUGGACGUGGACGCGGCCGUGGCGACCCAGAGCAGGAUCCACUUGAGAGCUCGGAUCCAGGGGCUGAGCAGCAGGUGCUGGCGGGUAGACCCGCACCGCGGAGAGCGGCGAGACAGCCACAGGACCAGCCGCCAGCUACGGACGAGACUGGGAGGAUUAGAGUUACACCUGAUGCUGCAAGAGAAAGGUUACUAGAUAGCAGGAACGACAGCGGGAGCGCAUCGAGGGCGAUCUUGCCCAUUUUCCGAUCUAGCUGGUUCCCUGAGGGUUCCUCGUGGAAGAAGCUGACAGCAGAGUAUAAGGGCUUCUACUUCGAGGAGUUCAAGGGUUUUUGCUGGGACUCCACCCACCCUGAGGACCUGAUUAGAGGGGUCUUCUACCGACAUGCGGCUAAUCGGUACAAAGAUACUCUCCACAACAUGAAGUCGGAUAAAAAAGAGGGCAGUGUUAGUGCUGAUACUUGGGCGUCGUGGAAGCGAGACUGGGAUACUGCUGAGGCUAAGAAGAAGUCCGAGGUAGCACGAGCUAAUCGGCUGAGUGAGCCGUCCGGAGCUGGCACCGGACCGGUUCGACAUACCGCAGGAUCGAGAUCGGCUACGAGGCAUAAGACAGUUAUGACUGAGGAGCUCGGUCGAGAGCCCACUUUAGCUGAGUUGCAUGUACGGUUGCACCUGACCAAAGCUGAUCGGACUGUCUUCGUUGACAAGAGAUCAAAGGAUAAAAAUGACCGUUUCCAGGCAGAGCUUGCUGCAGCGACCCAGUCUCAGGCGGCUGGAGAAGGAAGUUCGUCGACUCCAGAGCCGAUCGACGAGAACGAGCUGUUUUUGUCUCUCGAGGCAAUCAAGAAGCAGCGAGUCUACGGUAUUGGUUCGGCUUCAGCAUCCUACAUCGGCCAGAGCAGCCGAUUGCGCCGCGGCGGAUCAUCCCAGUCACAGCAGCAGGCGGUCGUUAGUGAGGAGAUCGAGCAGCGCAUUGCUAGAGAGGUUGAGGAGCGACUCGAGCAGCGGAUGCGUACUGUGGAAGCGGGUUUUGAAGAGCGGGUCGAGCAGCGGAUCCGUACUGUGGAGGCGGGUUUCGACGAGCGGAUCCGUACUGAGCUUGCGCGACUGAUGACUACACUCCCACCGGAGUUACGACCGCAGUUUCCCCCACCUCCACCUCCACCGGCUGACGACACUACUAGUUUGGGGUAGUAUAGUAUUUGGACUUGGAUUUUUAUAAU